GCUCAACAUGGCACUAGGGGUGGCGUUCAUACUCAGUUUGAUCCUCGUCAUCGGCCACCACCAGGAAGGACCAGGAUCUCUCGCCAAGACCUUCACAUUUCCCGAGUACCCGUACAAGGAAACUACCAAGAAUGAGCUUCUCUUUAGACAAUUCGAGCAGGCGUGCGAAGAGAGCGGAGCCUGUAAAAUGCAAUCGCAGCAUAGGAGCGGUGACGUUGCGAAAACACGAUGCAUCCGGGAAUGCGUAUCACCGUCCUGUUACAAGGAGAUUUAUUUAUUCGAUCAAUUGGAGGAGGGUGAGAUUGACGUGAGAUUAAAUUCCUUCAAAGGUUGCUUCAUGCAGCGAAACGGUCGGCCGCGAAAGUAAAAAGAAGGAACUCGUGAUAAGAGACGCAAGUAAAAAAAAAAAAGAAAAAACUUUUUAUCUGAAAAUGAACGAUUAACGCGGAGGACUGUCGGUGUACCGUUUAACCCCUUCGGAGUAAUUAUAUAAUCACAACGAAGAAUACGUCUUCUACACGGCGAUUAUAUUAUAACAGUUAUAACAGUAACGCUUCUCUCUCUUGUUUAGCACUUGCUACCCCGAAAGGAUUAAAUCGACGUUGUAAUGUGACUGCUGCAUGAUGUGCAUACUUAGGAUGUUUGGAAAAGCACAAGAAAUGGAUUCAAAUGCGUAUCAUGCAUGGAAAAUAGCAAAAAUGCAUAACAUGCAGUUUUGCACCAAAAUGAGGAUAGAGUACAUCGAAAGGAUUAGAUUCUUAUUCAAAUACAAUCUUUUUCUACUUUUUAUAUGCACAUGUUACUUACGAUAUUAUCGAAGUUGAUAUUAAUACCGCACAAUAUAACUGAAUAAUUGUUGGCUGCACCAAUAUAUCGAUUAUAGUCACUGUCUUUAUAUUGU